GUUCCCAAGAGUCAGAUAGUUCUCAGUCUGCCAAGAAAGACAUGCUGGCUGCACUGAAGUCCAGGCAGGAGGCUUUGGAGGAGACCCUGCGCCAGCGCCUGGAGGAGCUGAAGAAGCUGUGUCUCCGAGAAGCGGAGCUCACAGGAAAGCUGCCACGAGAAUACCCCCUAGAUCCCGGGGAGGAGCCACCUAUUGUAAGGAGAAGAAUAGGAACUGCCUUUAAACUGGAUGAGCAGAAAAUCCUGCCUAAGGGAGAGGAGGCAGAGCUGGAGCGCCUGGAGAGGGAGUUUGCCAUCCAGUCCCAGAUCACGGAGGCUGCCCGGCGCCUGGCGAGCGACCCGAACGUCAGCAAAAAGCUGAAGAAACAGAGGAAGACGUCCUACCUGAACGCCCUGAAGAAGCUGCAGGAGAUCGAGAAUGCCAUCAAUGAGUAUCGCAUCAAGUCUGGGAAGAAGCCAACCCAGAGGGCCUCCCUGAUCAUAGAUGAAGGAAACAUUGCCAGUGAAGACAGCUCCCUGUCAGAUGCCCUCGUUCUUGAGGAUGAGGAUUCUCAGGUCACCAGCACAAUAUCCCCUCUCCAGUCCCCACACAAAGGACUCCCUCCCCGGCCACCCUUGCACAACAGGCCCCCUCCUCCGCAGUCUCUGGAAGGCCUCCGCCAAAUGCAUUACCACCGCAACGACUAUGACAAGUCCCCCAUCAAGCCCAAGAUGUGGAGCGAGUCAUCCUUGGACGAACCCUAUGAGAAGGUCAAGAAACGCUCCUCACACAGUCAUUCCAGCAGCCACAAGCGGUUCCCCAGCAGCGGGAGCUGCGCGGAGGCGGGCGGGAGCUCGCUGCAGAACAGCCCCAUCCGGAGCCUGCCCCACUGGAACUCCCAGUCCAGCAUGCCCUCGACGCCGGACCUGCGGGUGCGCAGCCCCCACUACGUCCACUCCACGCGGUCAGUAGACAUCAGCCCAACCAGACUGCACAGCUUAGCUCAGCACUUUAGACACCGGAGCUCCAGUUUGGAGUCGCAAGGCAAGCUCCUCGGCUCAGAAAAUGAGACAGGGAGCCCUGACUUCUACACCCCAAGGACUCGUAGCAGUAACGGCUCUGACCCCAUGGACGACUGCUCUUCCUGCACCAGCCAUUCCAGCUCUGAGCACUACUACCCCGCUCAGAUGAACCCCAACUACUCCACCCUGGCAGAGGAUUCCCCGUCGAAAGCCAGAGAGCGGCAGAGGCAGAGGCACAAAUCGGCAGGCAACCUGGUCUCUUCCAAUUCAGGGAGCAUGCCCAACCUGGCUGCGAGGAACGGGACGGGGCAUCACCGCGUGUACCUGCACAGCCAGAGCCAGCCCUCCUCCCAGUACAGGAUCAAAGAGUACCCCCUGUACAUCGAGGGCAGCUCCACGCCCGUGGUGGUGCGGAGCCUGGAGAACGACCAGGAGGGACACUACAGCGUGAAAGCACAAUUCAAAACCUCCAACUCCUACACGGCGGGGGGGAUGUUUAAGGAGAACUGGCACGGGGAUGAAGCGGACUCCGUCAGGCUGACCCCGUCCCGCUCCCAAAUCAUACGGACUCCGUCUCUGGGCAGGGAGGGCCACGAGAAGGGCUCGGGCAGGACUGCCGUGUCGGACGAGCUGCGGCUCUGGUACCAGCGCUCCACGGCCUCGCACAAGGAGCACAGCCGCCUCUCGCACACCAGCUCCACCUCCUCGGACAGCAGCUCCCAGUACAGCACCUCCUCGCAGAGCACCUUCGUGGCGCACAGCCGGGUCACGAGGAUGCCGCAGAUGUGCAAAGCGACGUCAGCUGCCUUACCUCACAGCCAGAGGAGUUCGACGCCAUCGAGUGAGCUGGCAGCCACGCCGCCGGGCAGCCCCCACCACCUCCUCGCCUGGCAGGCUGG